GGGGAGGGGAAUCAUAAUAACCCGAUUCGCUGCAAAAGCCCUGAGCCCUGCUUGCAUUUUUCUCACGGAUCGAUCACUGCAUUACUUCCUGGUAUCGUUACAUCUGGGCACCGUAAACUUGCACCAAACAGCUCUGGGCUCUAUCAGCCGGGCCUUGCAAGGAGAAAGACACGCGCGGAGGCCGCUCUAUCCUUCGCCGGCCAGAUUAGGAGGAUUGGCUACGAAAAGGAAAGGGGUGGAGCGCCAGGCGCGCAGCCCCACGAGAAGCGGCGCGGAGGGACCGAGCGCGCAGUGAGAGAAACGGACAGUCAAGUGGCCAUGAACCUGGUGGCGGAUCGGCGGAGAGCGAGGCCCGCGGAGCUGAGUAUGCACGAGCCGGAGCGCGUAAGUCCCCCGCUCAGCGCUAGCAGGCUGCGCGCAACAAGAGCCGCUGCUGCUGCCCGGCCUCAUACGUGUAGGCUUGAGCAUGCGCUGUAACAUCCGCUAAAGCAACGAGCGCCCCCACCCCUGUGCCGCUCUCCGGCUCUCCUCCGCCUCCGCAGCCCGUCUCCUGAAUGCAGGUUUUGCGGUCGGCUUUCCAAGACAAGUAGGAAAGCGAAAGUGAUAAAGGCAGAGAGCGCGCAUAUUAUUUUCAUUGCGAGCCUCUCAAAGCAAGAGCUAAAGAAGAGGGUAGGAAAACCGGGCAGGGCGGAGGGGAGAGAAAGCAAACUUCAUGGAAAGAGCAAGGCUGCUUGUUGCAAUUCUAAGCAAGCAAAAGGAGCCGCUUAAGCUCUUACAGGGCUUCGCAAGUUAAUGUUCCAGCCUUGCAUUUCAAGGCGCGCGCGCACACGCUCGCUCGCUACAAGGUCCAGGCGAGUUAGUAUUGUCUGAAAGAACGGGCGGAGCUCUAAUGAGUAGGAAUACUUUGCAACUUUUUCACAACCUCCAAAUCUGUAGCAUUUGUGUACAGUAUUUCCCGAACGUAAAUGUCUUGGCGCGCGUGCGCUCUCUCUCUCGCUCUCCUUUUAAGUUUCCCAUUUCCAAAAGUGGGUUAGAUAACAGUAGAAAAAUUAUGUCAGUACUUGCCAGCUAAUUACGCCGAACUCCGGCUCCAUCUGCAACUGCUUUCUGACUGGUGGGCCUCAGGAAUUUUCAGGUGUCUCAAGAGAGCCCUCAGAGCAGAAGAUCUGAGAAUUCCUGCCUUGGCAUUCCCAUAUUGUAUUUGAAGCUGAAGUUAGUGGGGAUCUUGCUUUCUGUACCCUUCAGCCCCAAAGGCCAGAGCCGUGAGUGGACACCACUGGGCACCUGCAGAGGCCAGUAUUCAUGCAGGCGACCAACUGUUAACCCCCACCGCCUCCUGCCUUUUCACCUGCCACCUCUGAACAUCCAAGCAAUGACAAGAGUGAAGAGAUGAAGAAGCAGCUUCUUGUGUCCUCAUCCUGGGCAGCUGGGCAGAUUUAGGCUCAGUGGGAGAGGGAAAGGAAGAAGACCCUGGCACUUUGGAUAGGAGUUAAAGGGCAGCUAAAGGCACCUUCGUCUAUGGCCCCAAAAGCCUGGACCUGGCUUAGGUUGCAGGUGAGCAUACUAAGCCACCUUUUUGCCCUGAGCUAGGCUCAGAGCUGAAGGAUGGACUUGUUUCUUAUGUUGGACUUCGGACUGACAGGUGUUUUUGCUGGGCUGAAAGGAGCCAAGCAGAUUUGAACUACCCAAAUCUCACGCCAUAGCUUGCCCAAGUUUGCGCCUGUGCUUUGCUCUCCACUGCCAAGGAUAUUGCCUGGCAGCACGGGGUACGUGCACAUUGGCAACCCUGAGCCCUUGCUGUUCUGAAAGGUCUUGUGGACAAGCAAGGUAUUAAAAUGGUCCCAUGCACUAAAGUGCUAUUAGCCUCUUUGAGUUGGUUUGGUUUCUUUUCUGAAACAGACUAACAUGGCUACCCCUCUGGAAACCAUCUAGCUCUCUCAUUCUCUGCCUUCUCUCUGAGGUCCAGUGCCGAGGGCCUUCUGGCGGUUCCCUCGCUGUGAGAAGCCAAGUUACAGGGAACCAGGCAGAGGGCCUUCUCAGUAGUGGCACCCGCCCUGUGAAAAGCCCUCCCACCAAAGAGAACAACAACUACCAGACUUUUAGAAGACAUCUGAAGGCAGCCCUGUUUCAGGAAGCUUUUAAUGUUUAAUAGACUAUUGUAUUUUAAUAUUCUGUUGGAAGCCGCCCAGGGUGGCUGGAGAAACCCAUCCAGAUGGGUGGGGUAUAAAUAAUAAAUUAUUAUUAUUAUUAUUAUUAUCAUCAUCAUCAUCAUCAUCAUCAUCAUCAUCUCUGCCUUCCAUAUCUGCACUCGGAGACAGGGUGGUUAAAAAACUGGUAGGUGACUACUAGCAGUUACAACCAGCUUCCUGGGAUUUCUUCUUUUGGCUUACAUGAACUCAGUGUUAUCCUUUUAAAAGACCAAACCAUAAAACCAAAGGCCUGAACAAAGAUAUUCUGGGUCAUAAACCUUUUGCUUCAUGCACCACUUCUGGUGUUCUUAGGCCUAUCCCUGUCAGAUACUUUUACUGCCUCUUCAAACCUUCAAGUGAUUCUCCUACGUCACCUUCCUAGAGGGUCUCCUCAUUCAUCAGACCUUUCCACCCUUGCAAGGAAGUAGCAGAUUCUGACAAGGAAAUUUCAUGAGCUGUCAGGGACGCGAGAAUGGAGAAAUAUGUAGCCACUUCGCGAUACAUAAAUGUCAGAAACCAUUACCCAGUUAUAAGUUGUAGAUGCAUCUGACAUAACACAUUGUCACUUCCAAAGGAGGAACAGGUGGAUGUCGUGUGCACUAAAGAGAAAGCGUUGCUUGGAGCUUGAAAAAAAUAAUAAUAACCAGUUGCCUGGGCACCUUACCUACUGGUACCUGGGAAUUUGAAAUACUCAGCUAUGACAGGAGUAGGCAAUGUGGUUCGCUUAAGUGAUUUGCAUCCCAUGGAUGGGGAACCUGUGGCCCUUCAGAUGCUGUUGGACUAAACCUGCCAUUAGCCCAAACCAGAAUGGCUGAGAGUCCAAGGUGCAUUUCAGCAACAUCAGCCCAGCAACAAAUUCCCCUCCCCUGCUCUAUACCAACCUACUUCUUCACAAACCUAAAAAAUAUAAAUAAAUACAUUGGGACUAAACUAAAUAACAUCCCCAGAAACCAUACUGCAGGUGACUUCAGUGUGCUUUGUAAGCAAAGAAAUUUCUAACACCUGCACUUUGUAUUUUAAAAUAUUAAUUUGUUUCCCGCUUCUGAGGGUUACUUUACCAAAUACUAAGAUUUUGUUUUGCCCUCUAGUGUUAAUAGUUAAACAUGACUGAGCCUGGUCCUUCAAAUAUUUUACAGACAAGGGUUUUUGUUUUUUUGCCUGUGUGGAAAUAGUUCAAGGGAAAGUUCUUAACACAAAGAGCUUUUAAAAUUUCUUAGUGAGCAAAAAUCCAGUUUCUUAAAGAGACUCGGAAUUUAAAUGCAGCAGCAUACUCAUGACAGGAAGCUGAAAUCACCAGUGAUUUGUUAUACACUAAUUUUGCAAAGCUUGAUGCCCCUAUAUCUUUUUCCUGAAGUGUUUUCCGGUGAGCUUUAUAGUGUAAUUAAACCUAUCAGUGCAAUGGCAUGUGCUUGUUAAAAGAGCCACCUUUGGUACUUAAUUGUAGUUAGCCAUCAUUUGCUUUAUUAAAAGGACAUUUGCAAAUAUACAACAAGGCAGGCAAAUCCCCAAGGAUUCCAACCCACUAUCUUCAAAACCCACACACAGCUCUAACCUUCCCUUUGGCUGAAAAGGGCUGGACGUGUUUCCCCUCUAGAGCCUAUUAAAACCACUCUGUUAAGUGACCAGAGGCUGUUAACGCAUUAAUGACAUUAGUUGCUUCUUUUCCUUCAGGGACUUUGCACAAAGCCCCCCCCCCCUCCCCUUUUUCUUUUUUGGUGACACUAAUAGCAUUUCUUCGGAGGAUUGGAUUUGUUGGCUAUGCUGAUCGGAAUAAUGCAGGCUAAUGCCACCCUCAUUUUCAGUGUCUGUCUAAAGGCCAUCUUCUUUAAUGCUUUAUAUUCAGUAGAGUGAGUUUUAAUAUCACCCUUAAGGGGUGAUUGGUCUUAUCUGCAGCUUUUGAGAUCAGAGUUGGUAAUUGGUGUCUCCUUUAAUUUUUAUCCCACUGAUAUACUUAGCAAAGAAAGUGCUUCCAGCCAUAUGGUAAUGCAGCCGUUCCAGAGUGCCGAGUGCAGGCUACCUAGCCUAGCCUAUCCCUUGAGUCAAGCUGUAUAUUCCAUGCAGAAGUAGCCAAACCAAAAAAAAUCAGGCUGGGGACAAAGAUGAUGAGGUUCGUGAAAGCAUCCACAAUAGGACAGACAGCUGAAUGAAUGAAUGAAUUACAAACCACCAUUAGAUGAGUGUUUGGUCUUAGUAUGCACCCUUAGUGUGCAGCAGUAUAAAGCACUGUCUGGCAUUUAAAACAAGGGGGCAUUACUAUGAUGCUGUCAGCAAUCUGUUACUGAAUCCAGAUCCCUAGGUCAAGAGAAACAAGAGAUGAUUGAGAAACAAUACCAAAUAAACAAUACCUUGUUAAAACUAUCAAAUUUGUAGACACACAGACAAGCUCCAGUAACAUACCCAGGUCAGGUAAUCCCCACCCUUGGAAACUGCCUAGAGCUAAAAGGCAACCAUCAGUUUUGUAAUAAUAAUAAUAAUUUAUACCCCACCCAUCUGAGUGGAUUGCCCCCAAUAAAGGUAAUAAAGGUUAAUGAGCAAAUAACCAACAUCUCUACAACCAAUUUCCAUGAUGCACAUCAGAUAUAUUCAGUGCAAAUUAUACCCUAAAGUAUAUUCUACAUGUGUUGUGCAGGGGUGGUCAGUCAGACAAUUUCCUGGCCUGUAAGAUAAAUGUCUGAAUCAUCUGGCUGUGUGUUCAUUCAGGUUUGCCAGUAUGCUAAUGAAUGCAAUAAAUGCUUGAUACUUUUAUCUACAGUACUACAUGUAAACACAAAGGUCAUGCAAGAAACUUCUAUGUUAAUGCUAGUUUAGACUUUCACAUUUGUUCUGUAGAGUGUUUGCCACUUCUAACUUACACAGGCUGGUUAAGAUUCACUUAGGUUGUGUGCUGUCAUGUAAAGCCAGUUUGCUUUAUUCACCCGGAGUGUGUCGCCGAUUGCCCUCUAAAUGUGCUUUCUGAGGACGUUCCUAGAAUCUUACAGUUUUCAGUGAUGGGAGCUGUAACUGCUUUGCUUGACUGCAUUUGUGCCUUUUCAAAGAGGGUGUUAGAACAGAUUGUCUUUUUCUCAUUCUUUAUACUUCUGCCAAGGUACUAGCUGUAGGGAACCUAAACAGGGCCUACUUGUAGAAGUUCUGUGGGUUGCUCAUGUUUGUGCAAGUGAAAGCAAAACCCCAACUAGUUACCUACAGACCUUGUGCAUCAGAGAAACACCAUAUAUGAGGAGGAGGACGAGAAAAUACAUUCCGUGAACUCCUGUUUUCAAGCUAUGUCUCAUCACAAUCUGUACAUGGAAAAGUAAUGUAAUCUCAUUUCUAUUUGUCGCUGUGCACAAAUAGUAACCAGCUCUUGUCAGGCUUUACAAUAAAUAUAGUUCAAAAACAAGAAACACAUGAAACCACUUUUGUUGAAGGCAAAAAGUUGAAGGCUGGAUUCUGACUGUUCUGUACCUCUCUUUUUGUUACACACACACAUACACACACACACACACACACACACAAACACACUACUGUACUUCUAAGCUAUUUUGUAUAUGUCAGAAUUCACAAUGCAGUUAAAGAAAAGGGCAUAUUCCUACCUAAAAGUAUAAAGCUAUGUUUAAUAGGUCACAAUUUCAACCAUUGUUGAAACAAUGGUUACUGCUUCCAGACAAGUGCCACUAAACACUUGAUAGACCCUUGAGAAAACACUAAGCUGCUGCAUAUCCCAGUGGGUGAGCCCAAAGUACUGGGGAGCAGCGUUCAGAAUUCGCCAGGGGCUUUUUGUACUUGCCUAUCAGACAUUUGUGACCAAGUGAAGAUAUGGAUUAAUCCGUAUAGAACUUUUCAGACAUUGUAUACCUGCCUCUGUUUGUUUGCAUAUGAUAAAAUAAAAAUGCUCUGCCUACUCGGGUUUCCAAAGAAGAAAAUGUGUGUAUAUCCUUGGAUUUACACUUUACAGUACUUUUUAAAAAGUGGGACACUGUUGUAAUUAUCUUGUUCCAAGCCCUUAUCAGGUAUAUUCUUGACUUAUUUAGACUUUUUAGCCCUGUUAGAACAGGUCUGGUGCACUUAUGCACCAUUCUGAUGAAAUUCAAUAACCUGAGGUGGUCUCCAAAGCUAUAUGACUCUGUAGGGCUUUGCCAUGGACGUGCUAGGUACUGUGUUAUUAAUGCAGCAUCCGCCAUCAGAAUUCUACGCUGGUCUGUUGUUGCAAUUCCACGAGAUGUUUUCCAAUGGCAUUGAAUUUCAGAAUAAUUUGGAAUUCUCUGUAGAAACCUCUGUAGGUUCUGCUUGCAUUGGUAUAAGAUUCUUAGACAACUACUCUGUAUGCUAAAUUUCUGUCCCUGAUACUAAGUACCUCCCAACCCAAAGCAAUAGUCUGGCUUCAUUUUUGAUAAGCAAAAUUUCAUCUAAUGCACAGCACCAAUUCACUUUUUCCUUUUAUCCUUUGUCCCCUGCAUAUCUCUAGUUAAUGCCACUUGUACUUGCACGCCAUAGAUUUUAAUAAAGGACAAAUUCUGCAGUAACAAAAGAGGUGGAUGUUUUCCCGGUGGAAGGCAUUUUGCACAUUCAUAACAUGAUGCAUAUUUUGUUUCUGAUUCACUUCCUUUAGCUAUAUCUUGUUUCUUUCUCAGCAGUGCUCUUGUUUCAGCCUUUCUCCUUGGAAAUUCUUCUUGCAUUGAUCCACUUUAAAUUUGCUUUCUGCAGGUGAGCAUAUUGUAGUGGAUUUUCACUCCCUAAUACAAGUGCUGAGGGCUCUACUCAUCUGAAGAUUCAGAGGUUCAAAGGAAAGGACAGCUGUUAAAAACUCUCCCACCCUCCAGAAACCUUUGCUCUAAAAACAUUAAAAGGGGUCAGGUCUGGGGGUGGUUGAAAAUCAUACCCACCUGCUAAGGAUAGUACAUAUAGGAUGUUUGGAAUGCAUGCAGGUCUUCUUCCCCCUUUCUAUUUCUCGGACCACAACCACCGACACAUUCAGCAUCCUGUGGCUCCACUGCCCUAUACAUCCCACGGGUCCUGAAACACACUGAGCACAGGUCUUUCACUAUAGAAUCAUAGGAUUGUAGAGUUGGACUCUAAGAAUCAUCUACUCCAACCACCUGCAAUGCAGGAAUAUGCAGCCAUCCCAUACAGGGAUAGAACCUGCAACCCUGGUGCUAUAAGCACCAUGCUCUAACCCAGGCAUAGGCAAACUCAGCCCUCCAGCUAUUUUGGGACUACAACUCCCAUCCUCCCUAGCUAACAGGACCAGUGGUCAGGGAUGAUGGGAAUUGUAGUCUCAAAAUAUCUGGAGGGCCGAGUUUGCCUAUGCCUGCUCUAACCAACUGAGAUGGAUGGAUGGAUAGAUAGAUAGAUAGAUAGAUAGAUAGAUAGAUGAUAGAUAGGUCUUUAAAAAAAUGUUAUAAACUGAUAUUCUUCAGCACACCUAGGAAAUCCCUCUAGUAUAGGGUUUCCACCAGUAAUGCAUGAGCUUUGUCCGGGUGGUCCACACUGUGACUGUUGAUUAAAUACUCACCUUGAUUUUUAUUUUAUUCUAUUUUAUCAUAUUGCUGUUUGAAUUCUAUGGCACGUGUGUGUGUGUAAUAGGAAUGAAGAAAGCUGCUUUAUACCAUGUCAGACUAUUGGUAUAAUGUCUAACUCUGUACUGUCUGCACUGACUGACAGCAGUACUCUCCAGAGUUUGAAGCAAGGGUCUCUCCCAGCCCUAUGCAGAGGUGCCAGGGACCUUCUGUGUGCAAAGCAGAGGAGUGGGAUGUGGUGGAAACUUUGCACUUAAUUUCUUUUUCUUUUCCUCCCCCUUCUAGAAACGAGCAUGUAGAAGUUCAGAGACUAUUCCACAAGUGAUCAGCGCUUGCCACCCACAAAGCAAGUGUGCUAUGGAUUACUGGGAUAUGGAGCAGGAUUUGAAGCAGAAAGAUCCCGCUGAUUUUUUUAGUCCUCAGAUUAUGAAAGAAAAGCCAAAUUCCGUGGUAUGUUUUAUGUAGCCCAAAUCCAUGCUUUUAGCAGAAGAUGUUAAUAUAUUUCAUAAUAAAAAUGUCAACCAGUGGCUGCUUUUUUCAGAAUUUUGUGUAUGUGUGCUUGUUAAUCAGAUAUUUCCGGAUAAUGAAACCAGAACUACAGCCCAGCCUUGCCCAAGAUGUAUUGCUGGAGAACCUGUAAGUAUAUUAACCUUCUUACUAUGACAUAAAAGAUAGGCUUGUUCUUAAAUAUUAGAGCCAUAAAACAUAAAGUUAAUAAAAAAAAAACCCUGCAAUUACAUUUCUCCGGGAUAAAGCAUGUAAAUAAAAGAGGCAGAUUGAUUUAGCUUUUUCUCCAUAUGCUAGCAGAGUGCAAAACUAAUACAUUUCCUGCAUCAGAUUGGAAAAUAUAGGGACUUCAGGCUCAUUUUUCAAAUGCAUUCUAGAAAGCAGAGUUUAGUCGCGUAAAUGAAUCUCAAUUCAAGUUAAAAAGGUGUGGAUUAUUGUAUUCCAGGAGUAUGUCCAAUUAAGAGACGUUUUAAUAUUUAUGGACAGAGUUUUAGAAGUACAAUUCCACAAAAUUGGGGGGGGGGGGAGAAGCUAUAGAUAGACAUAUGGCUCACUUCUUUUAAACAUUUCCAAGCAGUUUAGUUCAGUCUCAGAAGGUUGUUGGGUCUUUUUUUAAUUAUGCAAAGUUAUUUCUGCCCCAACAAUGACAAUACAACUCCAUUCCAGACCCCCAAGUGCUUUGUAAUGGGCUUGCAGACUUCCUCACUCAGUUCAGUUUAGGCAGCAGCUCUGUGCAUGCAAUUCUUUGCCAGUGAAGCCUUAUCCUAUUUACUGAAGGGAAUGGAAGGCUUUUGCAGAUGGGAGUCCUUUGUUGGUGGAAUUUAACGAAAUCAGUUGGCUUUAGGGGUGCAGUAGCAUCCAUGUCCACAGCUCAAAAAAAGGGUUGACCUUUUUGCAGGCAUUCCACAAAACCCCUCUGGGUGGGUCUUCUCCCCCAUGGAAACUGAUGUGAUUAGUUUUUGUUUUUUUCUGGUGGGAAGUCCCCUCUCCUGAAGGAAAGGACUCAGGGAGCCGGAUCAUUCACAAUGACACUGGCCAACACCAAACUAAUUUGUUUUCUCCUGCUUUGUGGAGGGUCAGGAUAUAGGCACUUGUUUUGGAUUACAAACCAUUUUAAUAGCCAUGUUUUGAUUUAAAGCUAAUCCAAGGACUUCGUUUACCUUGUUUUUUCCAUUCUAACCGAGAUAGAUAGAUAGAUAGAUAGAUAGAUCUUCUCGUGGCAUUUCCUGUAAUGUAUGAAACAUGCUUUUUCAUGAUAUGGAAUCCUAGGUCGAACUAUGCUGACCUGCAGCAUGCAUACACACAAAAGACACCAAAGCCUGCCAUUUUCCCUAAUCAUGCAUAACUUGGCCUUAGCUUACACUUUUGCUUAGUAUAACCUCAUUGGGUAGCUCAGGGUUCUUGGAGGUCCUACCGUAACAGCUAAAUGACCCUGUUUCAGUACAAACGCUAAGAUUUCUUCCCACCCUUUUUGCAACUAGCUUCUUGUAUGACAUGUGGCUAGGCCACUGGAGUCAAAGGUCCUCCCUUCAUGUUCGAGUAUUGCAAAAGCCAGGGAAAGUGUGAUGAAUGUUGUCUGUAGGCAAUUUUAGAUAUUUGACAAGCAGAGGAAAAAUGGCGCAUGAGUAAGCUCUUGUUUCCUGUUUCUGUGGUUCUGUGCAAUGUCUGAAACAGGUAUUCAUGCAUCUACCCCAUGGGAAAAGUUCCCUGAAAAGUAGGAGCCACUUAAGAAUCCUGUGCUGACAUCUCUCAUCUUGGGAUGUAUGGACAUUUUCCCCCCCUUUUGUUUUGCCAUUCAUGAACUUAUAAAAUUGCCACAUGAUAAAGUGAUGUCUAUUAGCUUAGAUGGUCUGAAGGAAGGAUUAGACAAAUUCAUGGCGCGUAAUCAAUGGCUAUUAGUCACAAUAGCUAAAACAUUGCCUUUGGUGAUUCGAUUUAUUUCUGAUUGUCCCCAGCAGCAGCUGAACUGUAUGGGUUGGCUAUUGCUGCCGCGCCUGGUUUAUGAGCUUUUUGGAGACAUCUGGCCAACCCCUCUGGAGACAGAAUGCUGGACUCUCUGGGACUUGGUCUAAGCGAGCAAGGCAAUUAUUUUGUUCUUAUGCAAACAGGAAGAAAGUAGUGUAGGCUCAGUUUAGAAAGCAUUUGGCUUAUGGAGGCCAGCUGUAUUGGAUGAGCAUAUCCAGCCACACUCAGAAGCUCCCUACAGAUCCAGCCAUAGAAUACAAAGUCAACGUCUUACUUGGACAUCAAAGCUAAUACUUCCCAUGCUUGUCAAGGCUGCUAAUAUUUUUGCAGGGGUUUUGCUUACUCCUUAUUCUCUACAUCAGGGAUAGCUUCCAGAUGUUGUGGACUACAAAUCUCAUCAUCUCUGACCAUUGGCUAUGCAGCUGAGGCUAAUGGGAGUUGUAGUCCUCAGCUUCUGUAAGGCACAAUGUUGGCUUCUCCUUUUCUAUAUAGUGCAAAUGCUGAUCUGUAUAGUAACCCCUGAUUUGCUUUUUUUUUCAAUUUCAGGGACACUUUGGCCAUAUUAUGGGAUUUAUAGAAGAUCAAAGGACAUUGAUGCAGUGAUACUCCGUAACAAAAUACAUAGGGACUGGUUUGAGAUUCCAGACUUUUUCUACACUCCACUACAUUCAUAAUUAUUAUUAUUACAUCCAUACAGUUUAUCUUAGAUCUGGGGAAGAUCUUGCCUGAAAAGGCUUAAAAUCAAUCUUGUGAUUCCUUAGGUUAUAGUUGGCCUACUUGGUAGCAACCAAUUGAACCUAGUCAAUGAUACUUCUUGAAAAUUGAGUCCAUGCAUCCUUACUUUUCAACAGCCUUAGAUUGCUACCGUCUUAGUAUUUCUUGCAAUGAAAUUACGAUGUUCAUUCAUGUAAAGCACAUAGGAAAUACAAUAGGCCAGUUGGUGGUUACUCAUAGAAGCAAUACUAGACAUAUUCUGUCCUAUGAAUUCCAGAAGUGUGAUACUCUAUUUACUCAGACUAGUCCCAACACAGUCAGUAAGACAGCUUCAAAAUAUGUGGCUCGAGUAUUCUUUAAGACUGCCUUAGUUGAACACAGUAAGGGUUACUUAUGAAACGACAUGCAUGGGUUUUAGCUCUUUGCAAAGCAACCACUCCUAUGAGCAAUAGCACAAGCCUCCUAGUAUAUAGAACCAGGUGUGUCUGGCCUCCUCUAGUUGAAUGGCCAGUCAAAGCCAUUCUGGUGUGUGGCUGCUAUCACAUUCUGACUGUUUCUAGGAGCCACAGAUGAGAGCUGAGUGCAGGGUGAGGACCAAAAGUGAACAGUCUACCACCCUAGAAGGAGCACGAAGUGUCCCCCACCGGAAGUACUACCCCUCCCAUAAUGUCCCAUACACCCCUUUCCUAAUAGAUUAUAGAAUAUUUACACAGGCCACUGUGCGCUGAAAAUGUAACCUUAGAUCAAAGGUUUCUACAAACAAGUAAAUAGUUAUAUACAGAGACACACACAAACACACACAUAUAUAUAAACACAUAUACACAUAUCUAUAUAUCCCAAAAUUAAAUAGGGAGGAAGUGUUAUAACCACAAAAGCGUUGCUUUGAGAAAUUUCAACAUUAUCACUUUUUUAUAAUCAGUUUUGUACAUGUGUAUAUGUUAUUCAUCCUUUUGUAUAGAAAGCCACGUUCUCCUACUUUCAUAUAUGUAAAAUAAUAUAUAGGUUCUUACCACUUUUAAUGCAGAUUUUUAUUUUUUAUUUCACCUUUGAAAUCUUUGUAUUUUGUAAAUCAGUGUUUAUGGAAAACUUUUUUAAAAAAUAAAUUGCAUGUUGGUUUUAAAAGAUAGCAUUUUUUUUUUAUUACAUUUGCCUUUUUUUAAAAAAGAUCAUUAUUUAAGAAAAUUAAGAUUAACCCUCUCCCACAAUCUGGUUUGUACUUUUCUCUUUCCUGUCUUACCGCAGGCAAUUUCACUUGUCUGUUUGACUGCAUAUUACUGAAGGCUUUACUUAUGCACUGUUUCAUGGAGGUAUGUUCCACUGAAAUAAAUAGGGAUUUGGGAGACCACUAUGCCCUCUUGUUUAUUGACUUUUUCAGACAUAGUGAAAUUCUAGUGGAAAGAGAAUCUACACAAUCCCUGUUUAGGGAAGUUUUUAAUGUUUGAAGUUUUAUUGUUUUUAGUCCUCUGUUGGGAGCCGCCCAGAGUAGCUGGGGAAACCCAGCCAGAUGGGCAGGGUAUAAACAACAAAAUUAUUAUUAUUAUUAUUAUUAUUAUUAUUAUUAUUAUUAUUAUUUAUUAGCAAGAAAAUGAAGCCUAUUCUCCCAUUGUUCUUUAGUGAACCAGUUUUGUAAAGUGACCAUUCUUGAACAACAAAACAGUGAAAAGUGCAACUACUGAAUUACAACCUGUCAUGAAAUUCAGUUCUGUUGCCUCUGGCUUGAAUCAUGUUCCUGUUCCACUACAGGUAUCAAUUAAAUAACCAAAGACAUUUUUGUUAUCAUUAAUGACUGCUGUUUUGCAUGCUCACUAUGCUUAUUCUACAUACAUUUAAUGCCCUUUAAUGUGAUUUGCAUUUCCACCUGACUUCCCUGUUUACUUCCCCCCCCUUCAUCCACAUCUGCCAACUGAGGAAAAAAUGCCUCAUGGGUCCAAUGAAGUGGACUCUAGUCCACAAAAGUUCAUUCUCAGGUACCAUAAGAUGCUUCAUUGUCAGUAACUUGAGAAGGUAUUUGUAUGUUCUGAAAUCUACCUUUCUGAAACCCUGGUUCAGUAUAAACCACAAGAGGUGCAUUCACAAUUAAAAAAAUUCUGGGAUAGCUCAGUCGGUACAGCAUGAGACUUUUAAUCUCAGGGUAAUGGAUUUGAGUCUCAUGUUGGGCAGAAGAUUUCCUACAUUGCAGGCGGUUGAACCAGGUGACCCUUGUGGUCCUUUCCAACUCUACAAUUCUAUGAUUCUAUUAAAUUACCAUGGGUGGAAUUCAACAAACAUUCCAUCUGUGCAGGCAUAUCGGACAGAAUGAUUCCCCCUCCCUGUGUAGUGUUGUUGGGGUUCUCCCAAUAGAAACACCUGAGCCCAAUUUCAGGAGGCAUGAGGAGAAGUGGGGGAAGCCCCACUGCGCAAGCAGAAGCUUCUGGUGAUGGGGUUCAUUAGGUGAAUGCUGCCUUAUAUGCUGAUAUUUCCCUGACAAAGAUGGUAUAUUGCCCACAGUGUGAUAUUGUUGUCAUCACUUCCAUAAACCUGGAUGCCUUCAUCAAAAGACAGUAGUUGCAAAGACCCAUAGUCUCUGUAGUAGAAAAAAUACAGGUAUCUGAAUAUACUUGCAAGCAAAUCUAUUCAAGACUUGAGGUUUUGGUUUCAUGACAAGGCCACUUCGUUCCCAGACUUCUCCUUAAGUUUGUUUUUCAUUUUUUUAGUUCUUUCCUGGCUAGAAUUUCUUGGUCUGCAUUCCUCAAUCCACUUUCUCCAGGAAUUGACCUGAACAGGAUUCCCUGGGGUAAGUGGUUUGACCUCAAAGGUCUUUCUUCAGGAUUUAAGGCCUCAGCUUUUUCUUUUGAGGCUUGUUUUGUCAGCAUAUUCCAAAGUCUCUUGACAGAUCUACAAUAAGCCAGCCUUUCCCCCCUUUUUGUGGGGGAGCAUUCUGUUGAAGUGUUAUACCUACACCUCCUCUGUGACCAGGUGUCCCAGUAAGAGUAUCAUAGCCUCAAAUAUCAUACCCAGAUAUUGAACAGUUGCACUUUGUACGUGACACACAAUAUACUCAGAUGUGUAAAGAAAACAAAGCUGUCAGUGCAUUUUAACUGGGGUUUAAGGGUUACCCGGCUCGUUUUAAAUGGAUCCUGAUCACCUUUUGUAGCUCAGUCUCAAUUAUGAAUGACAAAUAGCAUUUGGAGGGAGCAUGAGGAUGGGACAGAAGUGUUAACAGUCAGCAAUUAUUUGUUGUAGGUAAAGGUAAAGGGACCCCUGACCAUUAGGUCCAGUCGUGGCCGACUCUGGGGAUGCAGCGCUCAUCUCACUUUAUUGGCCGAGGGAGCCGGCGUACAGCUUCCAGCUCAUGUGGCCAGCAUGACUAAGCCGCUUCUGGCGAACCAGAGCAGCACAUGGAAACGCCGUUUACCUUCCCGAGUGGUACCUAUUUAUCUGCUUGCACUUUGACGUGCUUUCGAACUGCUAGGUUGGCAGGAGCAGGGACCGAGCAACGGGAGCUCACCCCGUCAAGGAGAUUCGAACCACCGACCUUCUGAUCGGCAAGUCCUAGGCUCUGUGGUUUAACCCACAGUGCCACCGCGUCCCAUUAUUUGUUGUACAGCACCCUAAAUAAAUUCAUUGGCCCAUCAGUUAAGUAACCCGAGUAUGAUGCUAGUUCCAGUCUUGAGCAGGUCAAGAAAAGAUCCCAGAAUAUGGAACUAAAAUAAAUUCAAUCUCAACCACAUUAGUUUGACAAUUCUGAAUAUAUUGGAUUGGAUCCAGACUUAGUCAUGCUUAAAGCAGACUCCAUUGAAAUCAAUAAGACUAUAGUUAGUCACUAAUGUAGGUUCAAUUUAUUUCAAUAGGUCUACUCCAAGCAGAGAAAGCCUGGCUCCAACUUAUGAUCCUUGAUUUAUGAAUAGUUUGCCCUUCCACAGUGCGCAUGAUUGGAAGGGGAACUAUGGUUCUGCACACACGCACCUAUGUGAUAAAUCAGUGCUGGUCUCAUAGUGUCAAUCACCAAAUUAAAGAACAGAAUGAGGAAACAGGUAUCAGAUGUGGUCCAAGUACCAUUCCUCCUCCAACCCCCAUGAACUGAUAAAAUGCUUAGGGGGAAGAGUUCUGAGAAUAGAACAGUAGGCCUAUACUUUCCUGCUACACUCCUAGUUUCCUAGAUUGAGAUCUUUAUAGAGUACCAUAUAACCCAGCGAUGCUAUCUAAAUAAUAAGGUGCAUUAAACACUUGUUUAGGGUUUUGCUCUUAUACUAUAUCUGGCCUUUUGAGCCUACAUUACAGCACUCUAGUCCUAACAGAACAUUUAUUUAAUUAAACGAUUUAUAUACUGCUUAGUAUAGAAUCUCAAAGUAGUCUACAGCACUUCUGAAAUGAAUUAUUUCUAAAACAUGCCAUGGGUGCUAUUCAGUCUUGUGCAAUGUUGAGCAUUCCAACUGUGCAAGCCUAUCAGCUUGUCCGCAGAACAAUCUUCCUGCCCCCACCGCUGUUCUGCGGGUGUUUAUUUUUCCCCCAGAGCCAGUGUUGAGGUGGGUGAAGGGUGGGAGAAGAGGAGGAAAAGCCCCAUUGUGCAAGUGGAAGACUUUCAGCAGGGCUUCCACUGAUGGAUCCGUUAGGUGAAUCCCACCCCAUGUGUCCUUCUGAAACUGUCAAAUGUUAACUUGAAACAUCCCAAUAAAGAAUGGGGCCUGUAUUGUGUUUUGUUGUUGUUUAAAAGGCUGUGUUUGUCAAGUCUCAAAAGUGCCUGGAAACCAUUUUUUCCAGGGCACUAUAUGAGGCAUAUAGUGUGCCCCAUUAUGUGGAGGAACACUAUAGGUAUUCAUUAGUAUGAUACUCUGCACAUGCUCAGCGACAGUCGAUGCACGACUUCUGGUUUGUAUGGUGUGAGUCUCAGUCUUUCAGCGUUCUCUGAAACUGACCUUAAUUAGGACCAGCUUCCUGUUGAAUUUAAUCUGGUCUUGACAUGUCUGAGUGGCACGUCUUUUCCUUGUUGAGUCAGGCUAUACUUGCAUGUGAUUCUAUUAUUGUUACUGGAGCAGUAUAGAAAACGCCGCAUGAUAUUUGCUUGCAACACAGGGUGUCAUUCAUGAGUUAUACAUAAAUGGCAGCUUUACAUAUUUAAAGGAAACACGAACUGCUUCAUAUCUGAAGUAUGUUUCCCAGGGGGUACCACCACCAUUUGAUCUAUUUUUGAUUAAAAUGUAAAAAUUAAAAAUUAAAUCAAAUGGUAGUAUAACUCCUUAGGGAAAACAUACUUCAGUUAUGAAGUAUUCCCCGUAGCAACCUUGAAAAUCUUACAACUGUAUUGUCUCAUCUGUAGGUGGUCCUUUUAUGUCACACAUAAUUAAAAUGAAUUGCUGUUAGAGAACCCAUACUACUGCAUACAGAUUUAUGAACCUGGAGGCACCUCCAUUCACAUGUAAACAGUGAUAUCACAAAGUAACUGUGAGGGAUAAACAGCAUGAGGAUAGGUAUCAGUGAGUAAGACAUUUCCCUGUGCCAUAAGAGGAAAGACCAGGUGCAUGUCAUAAAACAUUAUGUAUAUGUCUUGUAAAAAGUAUUUCCUGCAGAAGGAUAAUAAUGCAAUGUGAUUAGCUUACCCUGCCUUUGCUAUGCAGCUCAGUUCUGUCUCCUUCAGCUGGAGUAGCGUAAGACCUUUUAAUGUAUAAAGAAAUGGCUAAUAUGUCAGCAGGAAAAAAAAUACAUUGUGAAAUUGGAUUUUCUAAGAAAAUGUGCUUUGCAAACCCUAAUACUAUUUGUGUGUAUUACGAUAUGUGGAUGUAUAUUUGAUAAGAUUAGAGAGUAAGCAGGGAUUAAAAAAAAAAAAAGGACUAUAGCAUUUGCAUUCCACAUUUCACAGAUCUGAAAAACCAAAUCUGAUAUCUGGGUUUCUCUGGGAUGAUUCGAUUCUUUUAGUCAUGUCACCUCUGUCUGUAACAAUGAUUUGCAGCUAGGUGGUUGAAGUGAGGUAAAACUCUUUGGACAUAUACUGAAAAUCACAGGAACUACAGAUAGACUUGGCAACACCUUCUGUGUUCUGUUCAACAUUGAGGACCCUAGUCUGUAUGCUCUAGCCAACUCACCUCUGACAGGUGUACUCAGAGCAGGGCCUUUUCAGUUGUGGUGCCAACCUUCUGGAAUGCCAGGUCCCAUAACUUUGUUCCUUUUUCAGAAAGGCUUUGGGACCAAACUGAUUGAUUUCUGCAUUGUUUGUUUCUGUUUCCAGUGCUUUGCUUUAUAAAUUUCUGCUCAGUCAUUUCAUUUGUAAUUUGUUACUAUGUAACAGCAGUGUUUAAUUUUUGUUUUGCAUCUUUGUGUUUUACAGCUUUGUGCUACUGACGUAGACACCUUUUUUGCAGAUCUGUACAAAUCUGUACAAAGUACUAUAGGAGAUAUAGUGCCAUGUUGUUCAAGUAUGGCUCCUCAUGCCUUUAAUCCCUAGCCAAGCCUUCCCCAACAUGGUGCCCUCUGGGAUGUUUUAGACUACAACUCCCAUCAGCAUGGCUAACCUUCAGGAAUGCUGGGAGUUGUAGUCCAAAAUAUCUGGAUGAUGCCAGGUUGGAGCAGGUUGCCCUGGCCAAAAAGAGAGUAUUCAGACAGGAUAGAUUUGCUAUUCAAAAUCCACUUUUCGAACAGCCACUCUUCAAAAAUCACACAUCUCCAAAUUUUGCAACCCAGUUCUCUAUAUAUUAGUGGAAAAAGUACAAAAAUGCAUUUUAUUAGGGGAAGUUCCUUUUUUGAAAAUGUGGAUGCUAGGCAAAAUUGCAUACAAAAUGUGUACAUUAGGAGAAAUUCUAAAAUGCCGAUCAGUUUUCAUCAAGACUUUUUAAAAACCGACGUGGAAAUGUAGAGAACAGAAGGAUGAAAAAAUGAGAAAUUGAGAGAAACCAAGACUAAAAGAUUCAGCCAUCCCUAGCUUCACCCCGGAACUUAGAGAAACGAGAUCGUAAACAACUUUACAAAAAACAUCACUCUAUAAAAAGUCUGAAGGAGAAGGCUAUAGCAUCAUUUGGUCAUUCCCACUGAAGCAUUUUGUCUUCUGAAGGGAUCAGAAAACAGAAGGGGGUUCAAAAUCCUCACAGACUACACAAGUCACUUCUUUGCAUGAAGUUUCAUAAAUCCUACAAGACAAUCAUGGCAACCCCUUUACAAAUGCACACAAAACAUAUGGGACCUGUACAUACUGUAGUUCAGGGGUCAGCAAACGUUUUGAGCAGGGGUCCGGUCCACUGUCCCUCAGACUUGUGGGGGACUGGACUAUAUUUUUUUGGGGGGGGAUGAAUGAAUUCCUUUGCCCCGCAAAUAACCAAGAUGCAUUUUAAAUAAAAGCACACAUUCUACUCAUGUAAAAAUACCAGGCAGGCCCCACAAAUAACCCAGAGAUGCAUUUUAAAUAUAAUAACACAUUCUACUCAUGUAAAAACAUGCUGAUUCCUGGACCAUCCGCGAGCCGGAUUUAGAAGACGAUUGGGCCAGAUCCGGCCUCCGGGCCUUAGUUUGCCUACCCAUGCUGUAGUUUAUACACAAGCAGAACCAUUUCUUGUUGCAGACCCUCAAACGCGAGUCAUGCAAAAUUGCCAUAUUGUAUAAAAGUGAUUUCAGUGUAGGAUUUAUGAUCUAGCAAGCAAAGCUGGCAAUGCUUUUCUCCAGUUAGAUUAACAGGAACAUUUGUGAACUGGGAGGAAGGCAUGUAGUAUAUAUGCUCCCUGCCUGCCAGCACCUCCCACAUUUGCCAUCAGGCCCAGGGCUGUGAGAGGCAGCAGCAGCCAACCUGCGAGGACAUCCUGCCCUGUGUGGCCUAACAACUAGCUGCUUCCAACAGCCAGAGAUUCAGCUGCAGAAUGGCAUUUGUUGGAAAAUCAAAGAACAAGGAGAGAGGGACUUGCAUAUAUCUUUGCCUGGCUGUAGUGACUAUUGUGUUGUGCUUUAAAUAUAAUUCAAGCUGUCUCAAUAACUUUUGUUAGUAGGUGGAGUAUAAAUAAAUAAAUGGGGUUUGUCCACAUCUGCCUAGUGUUAAGGAGGUAAAUGCCAUCUUGACUACCUGAAUAACUCUUAUUAGUGGGUGAUUCCAUUUAGCAUCAAACAUAUGGCAACCAUUGUGAAUCUGUUCAGACCCUGAGAUCAGCAUCUGAGGGAGGUCCAGAGAGUGGUGACAACAGAACAGGUCUUUCCUGUAGUAGCCCCCUGUCUAAAGAACGCUGUCUCCAGGGAGGCCCACUGAGCACCAAUUUAGUCAUCAUUUCAGCACCAGGCAAAGAAUUUUUAUUUUGCCAGGCAUUUGGAGCAGCUCCAACUCUUGGAAACCUGACUGUGUUUUUAGAACUUUUGUUUUCACCUGCAUCUUUUAUUCUUCUUGUAAAUCAGUUCCGGUCUUUAUGUUGUGUGAAGCAGUUCAUAAAUCCAACAGACUUAAAUGUUGUGCUCCACGCAAUUGUAAAGACAGGAAAACGGUAUAUGGAAGGUAUAGACGUUCAACAGUUCCAUCGACUGUACAGUUGCUGCUCUUUCUGGCUUUAGAGCUCAUCAGCUGAGACAACAGAUUUCAGGAUGUUAGUUCUGGCAGUCCUCAAGCCCAGGGCUAUUCAUUAUAUUAUACAGUCUCCUGCCUUGUUUUACAAAAGGUAUUAGGAGACUUUGCAGGCUACCCUUUUCAUUAAUAAUCUGAUCCACAGCUUCAGAUUAUUUCUGUAAUUAUUCCACAUAAAAAAGGCUACCAAGUAUGAUUGCAAAUACGUCUUCAUUUUCAUGGUCUGCAUUUGUGGGAGAACCGCAAACGUCUGAAGUUCUUAACAAUGUGUAAAUAAAGUUCAUUUAGGUUUCUAAAGGUCUUCUUCUGACCCCAGGGACCUACAACUUAGCAAUGUGGUGCUCUUAACAAAACUAAUCACCAAACCGUUUGAAAAUUUAAAAAUGAAGGGGGGGGGAGAGAGAUGUUAUUUGCAUAGUGAAAAUGUUUCUUGAAAUCUGCAUGGGUUGUGUGGCAGUUUCUAUAUGGAUCCAAAACAACGGACAUUAUAGCAGAUUCUUCCUCUGUCUUGUGUUCUGUUCUGGUUUGGGUAUAAACAAAUAGAUUUAUGCAUUUGAGCUGUUAUGCAGAGAAGUGGGGAUACAGUUUCAGUAAAAUAAAGGUGCCCUAAGGUUUCUUGGCUUUCGGUUCAUUUGUAGCCUAGAGUUGGGCUGCCAUACGUCUGGAUUUUCCCAGACAUUGCCGGGUUUUCAAAGGCGGAAUUGAUGUCCUGGAUCUUAGACAAGUCAAUCUAAAAAAAAAGCCUCAACAAUUUCGGUGGUUUCCUUAAAAAAAAAAGAAAAAGAAGCUCAAGCAAAUUUUGGGGUAUUCUGGUUUCUAAUAUGGCAACCCUAGCCUAGAGUCAAGUUCAUUUAUGUCGGGCACCUGAUGCAGGCAUGUAUAUGAGCUUUUCUCGUGUGUUUUAUUUAUGCCACUCUCCCUUCAGAAUGCUCAGAGCAGC